ACUCUCCGUUUCUAAAUAUACGCCCCUAUCUUCUCACUUGGUCCCAUCCGAUAUGAAAAAUGUGUUGAAAUUGCGCACUUCACAAGUUCAGAGAAGGAAGGGAAGUGCCGAAGUGGCAAGUAUUGAUGCUCUCAAAGGCAUUGACAGAUAUCAUGCAAAGUCUGCCGUGAGCACCUGGCCUAGACUCAAGAAAAACACCAGCUCUGCAUCAGCGCUACAAGUUAAUCUUCGCUGAAAGACAACUGCAGUUAGGCAGAUCAAACUUCGACACAUUUUCGGCUCCCGUGCCUUCGAGCCCUGAAAUUCGACAAUGAUCUGAGGAAAAGUUGAACCCACUUGAAAGAAUUCAUCGAAUGAGCUAGUAGAUAAGUGACGCUUCUCGGUAAUAAGUAUGCGAUGGUAUCAUUUAGGAGCAAUAGAGUUUGACUAAAUGUAUUUUCUUGACUGGGAUCGUUUUCUGAAUCAAAGGAUAUUAUGGCGGGAAUUUACGGGAAUUUAUCACGUCUGGUUUGCUAUAUCGUCUGCAUAUUUCAAAUGAUCACAUCUGUGCUAUCACAAGAUCCAUGCGCGACCAGUCCUUGUCUGAGUGAUGCUACGUGUGUUGCUGUAUCUCCCAAUCAGUACUCCUGCCUCUGCCCAGCUGGCUUCACUGGUAGCACUUGCACUUUAGACACGCCAUGUUUUCCAAAUCCCUGUCAAAAUGGCGCUGGUUGCAUCAAUCGAAUAGAUACAUUCCAAUGUUCCUGUCCUGUUGGUUAUUCUGGUCAACUCUGUGAGAUAGUCGAUAAUUCUUGCGUUCGAGGACCUUGUAAGAACGGUGGUUCGUGUAUAUCUGACGGAGCUGAUUUCGUUUGUAGGUGUGCCUUCGGCUGGAUGGGAGAAACCUGUGAGGAACCCGAUGCGUGUAACAGUCAACCGUGUCUCAAUGGUGGUACUUGUUUUACGGCCCUUGGUGGGUUAUUACAUCACUGUACGUGUAGAAAUGGCUUCACUGGUAGCGAUUGUGAAAUCAACAUGCUCCCGUGUAUCAGCAAUCCAUGCAUGAACGGAGGUCUAUGUUUCCAACCUCAAAAUACAUAUGACUACAGUUGUAUUUGUGAUGACGUUUUUACCGGGACCAAUUGCGAAACCAGAAUAAAUCCAUGUUUGAGCAACCCUUGCCAGAACAGAGCAGCAUGUUUCAGUAGUCAAGAUAAAACAAGUUUUGCUUGUAACUGUGCCGAUGGAUUUGAAGGGACUUUAUGUGAAAAUCUUAUUCCAGCAUGUCGUAGCAAUGCCUGCCAAAAUGGAGCAACCUGCACGGAGACAAAUGCAAAUACAUACAACUGCACGUGUCCAGAAAACUACUAUGGAGCUCACUGUGAAAUAGCUGGUUCGUGUAUCGCUAAUAAUGAGUGCAGGAAUGGAGCAACCUGUGUGGGAGGGUUCGCACCAUCUGAUCAAUCAUGUUUAUGUCGUCCAUAUUAUCACGGUGAACAGUGUGAACAAGAUGAACGUAGUCCCUGUUUAAGCGACCCAUGUAUGAAUGGUGGAUCGUGUUUUAGUUCGGAUCCUUCGAGAUAUAUUUGCACAUGCCCAGCUGGAUACGAUGGCAUACAUUGUGAAAUAGAAACAUGUCCCAUUAUCCCUUGUCAGAACAGUGGAUCUUGUGUAGAAUAUAAACAGAGUCAAUAUUGCGUGUGUACUGAUGACUGGACGGGUUCAUUCUGUGAACUUGCAAUUCAGAACUGUGAUCCUAAUCCGUGUAAGAAUAAUGCAUUCUGUGCAAAUAUUGGAGGAGAAACCACUUGUUAUUGUCCACGAGGAUUCAGAGGGGAGUUCUGUGAAACUAUGAUCAUAAAUUUCAACAUAUUUAAUUCAGCAAAUCGGCAACUUCCUGGUUUAUAUCUCAUUUUAUUAGGAAUCUUUCUAAACUUCGUGUCAUCAUUAUUACAAUAAACCUUGAUUUGAAAUGACUAGUCAUGGACUAGUUUUGUAAAGCAUUAUCUGAAAUUAAAGCUAUGUUUUGUAAUUGAGAAAAUUAAUGAGCCCAUCUUGAACCUGUAAUUAAAGGAAACCAAAGCCCAAUUAAGAAGAGAAACAAUUUUAUUGAAAAGAAUAAAAUGAGAGGAACAAUUUAAAACAAGUUUCACCAAAAUCGGUUAUGAAAUUAUAGCAAGUUAUGGACGUUUAAAAAGUCUUGUUGUACUUUCAAUGGGGAUCCUCAAAUUGGCAAACGUGCUUGUUUUGUACACAAAUUUUCAGAUUUCCCCUUUAUUUUACAUAUUUUAUAUUAUCUCCUCCUGACCUUGACAUAUGUGGUGUGAAUUAUAUUUUCCCAUGACAUAUGUUGUGCUCAGAAGGAGGCAAGAUGCAAUUUGAAAGAUAGUGAGGAAAAUCUGAAAAAUUGUGUUCAAAACUAAUGGAGAGUUGUCCACAAAAUCAACCAUUUUGAAGCAUGUUUGCCAAUUUGAGGAUCCCCAUAGAAAGUUAAACAAGAAUUUUCAAAAUUCCAUAGCUCACUUAUUCUAUAACCGAUUUUGAUAAAAACAAGUUUUAGAUUGCUCAUCGCAUUUUACUCUUCCAAUAAGAUUGCUUCUCUUCUAGGGUUUUGGUUUCCUUUAAUUAAGAGGGAGUUUCAUUCCCCGAUACCUAUUGGACCAUAACAUUAAAAAAAAAGACAGUCCGUCGUACAAUACUUUUUUUAUGACUGAUUGUACACAGUAAUAAAUGCAACCAAUCAUAAAAUUAGUUUACGAUAGGUCAUUUUUUUGAUAACAAAUAAAGUAAACGAUCCAUGAUGGGUAAACGUCGUUACACGAUGUAAUUUUGCUUUUUGUCAUGAACUGAAAGGUGAAUGUGUGAUCUGACGAAAAUGUUUCGACUGCUACUUUUACAUCUUAUAUUGCUAAAAUGAUAUAAAACUGAAAACAUCGAUUCUGUUUGUUAAUCAUUAUGUUUAAUUUUUCAUUAGAAUUUUAAAGACAUCCUCUAUCCACUUUAUCAUUUGUAAUUAUUUACUCAUUUCACUGUCAUAUUCAAUUAUUCUCAAGAACGAGUAAGAUUAUUUUAACAUAUAAUUAUGUAUCAAUGUGUUAUAUGUAUACAGCUUACAUGAACAAAGAUGUUCAAAGAUGGUUAAAUAUUUUAAGAUCAUAUUUAUUGUUUACACGUUUUAUAGAACUUUCUUUAGUUUUUAAGGAGCUUGACUGAUUUUCAAAGGAAUUUAAAUGAAUUUUAGGUGGUGGUUAUAUUGAUAUGUAUACAAAUAUUUAUGAGACGUAUUAUAAUGUUUAGUAUGAUCUAAAUUGUACAUUUUUGCAAUGUUUUUAUUGUGAAAACGCUCGCCCCUAUAUUAAAGCAAACUCGGCGGAUCCCGCAUUGAUCCAUGAGGGGGGGGGGUCCAGGGGUGGUGCCAUGAUGUUUUAUUUUAAAGUGGGGGCGGACGACCUGUAACGAAAAUAUAAAGCAGGAGUAAUAUAGAAUUACACGACUCAGACCUCUUAUUUUCACACUGUUCUUCCUGUAAUCUUCACACGUCUCCUUUUCCCCUCAUAUGAGGAGGAGACAAAAAGGGAUAUCUUUCUCCCAAAUUAUCACACUAUUAAAUCACACCCCUUUCACAUUUAUAUUGUCUUUUCCAAAAAUUAUUAAUUUUUUCCUCGAGGACCCCCUCCCCUGGAUCCGCCACUGUUUAUGCCAUCGUUUAUAGAAAAUGCAGUUGAUGAUUGUUGUAAUUUUCAAAAUAAUAAUAACUUUUGUGCUACAGUUCUUUCCCUCAUGUUAGUGUAAAUGCGUGAUGUAAUUUGAAACCUUAGCUUAAAAAUGAGAACAUAUUAUGCUGUAAAUGGUUAUAUUUCCUGGGAUUUUGUAUUAAAAAAAAAUUUUGGUUAAUAAUUACGAGGACAAAAUUUAUUGUUCUUCGAUAUUCAUUCAUUUAUUUUUUUCUAAUAAUUUAUUAGAUGUUAUGUAAAGUAAAUUCACACCUUGUUUUUCAUGAAUUUUUAAAUAUCAAUGGUAUAAGCGAGAUGCGUAAUUUCAGGAAAUUGUAAGUAAUUAAUCCAUUGGACAUCUAACUUAAUGAUUUGCUUCCAAAUUACUAAUGAUUUACUCAACUGCUUCAAUACAGUCUUUUAUCGUUAACACUGUAGAGAUUUUACCUUGUAUUGAUUAAAUUAUGCAUUAAUUAAUAUAUUACAGUCAAUAUUAUUAUGAUCCAUUUUUUGACCCGUUUUUUUUUUAAUUUCUAAUUGAUUGAAAUAUAACUAUCAGUAUGAUAUUCAACUACCAGUGAAAAUGUGCGUCAUCUCUUAAAUGUGUUAUAUCAAGAGAUUGUAAAUAUAUGUAGUUUACUUAAUUCAUGUGACAAUAUUUUGAUAAAAGAAAUCAAUUUUAAAA